ACCUCCACCUCGCUGCUGAGCUUGGGAAGACGCUACUUGAUCGUAACACUGAGCUAGAAGAAUCUUUACAGCAAAUGUAUGCAACGAAUCAAGAGCAACUGCAGGAGAUAGAGUACCUCACAAAGCAAGUGGACCUCUUGCGUCAGAUGAAUGAUCAGCAUGCAAAGGUAUACGAACAGCUGGAUGUUACAGCAAGAGAACUGGAGGACACAAACCAAAAACUAGUUGCAGAGAGCAAAGCAUCACAGCAAAAGAUACUAAGCUUGACAGAGACAAUUGAAAGUCUGCAAACACACAUAGAUGACCUGCAAAGACAAGUAGAAGAACUUAAGAAGUCUGGACGAGGCCGCAUGAGCCACGAGAGAUCGGACCAGCCGCGAUCAGUGCAUAGUUUCUCAUGUUUGAAGGAGCUCUAUGACCUUCGCCAGUAUUUCGUUUAUGAUCAUGUGUUUGCAGAAAAAAUUACUUCAAUGGAUAAUCAGCUAAGUCCCCUAGAAGAAGAAAAUGAGAACUUAAAAAAAGCAGUGACAGUUUUGCAAGCCCAACUUAGCCUAGAAAAAGAGAAGAGGGUAACAAUGGAAGAGGAAUACAGUCUCGUGGUAAAAGAAAACUGUGACCUUGAGCAGAGGCUAGUUGACAUAGACUUAUAUCGGGCUCGUGCAGAGGAGCUGGAAGUGGAAGUCGCUGAAAUGCGACAAAUGCUUCAGUCUGAAAACACCUUCCAUAAUGCAGAGAAAUUGGUGCCAGAAUCCUUUUUUAUAUCUUUCAAAGAAUCCUUAGAAAGGGAUCAGAGCCCCGUGGAUGAUGGACUUCCGAGUGUCUCGGAGCUUGACAAGAAGGCCCUGAAAAGAAGCAACAGUGAAACCUUCCUAAGCAGUGCUGCAGGAGGAGACAUUCUGCGGGGCCACGAGGAAACCUGUAUCAGGAGAGCUGAGGCUGUGAAGCAGCGAGGAAUCUCUGUGCUCAAUGAAGUUGAUGCCCAGUAUAAUGCUCUGAAGGUGAAAUAUGAGGAACUUCUGAAGAGGUGUCAGAUGGAUGAAGAUUCUGUGAAACACAAGGCAGUGCAAACACUGAAGCAGUAUUCCAAAGACCUUAAUGUGGGGAAUACCCAGUAUGAGCUUGCAGCUAGCAAUCAAGAAGUUACCAGUGGGGAACUCAGUGACUCUCCCACAAAUGCUCUUCCUGAAUAUAAAGCACUCUUCAAAGAAAUUUUUAGCUGUAUCAAAAAAACAAAGGAAGAAAUUGAUGAACACAGAGCUAAGUACAAGGCUCUCUCUUCCCAGCCAUAACACUAUACAUGCGGAUCACCCAUUCUCUGUAGCUGGGUA